UUGAUGCUUUCAUUCAUACAACACUGCUAUUCUUCUAUUGGUGGCGCGGCGUGUAAGCAGGAUCAUUACCGAUUUUGACUCCACGAUUGUCUGGAUAUUCUGGCUGUGGAAGCAAUUUCAAGGCUGUUUCCAUGUGUCCUUCCUCCUCGCAUGGGCCUCAAUGGUCCAGGCACCGAAGAGCGGCUCUGUCACGCACACCCAGAGAACAACGGAGCCAGUCUCUUCGCCAUCACCAAAUGGAUACUCAACGUGAGCACACUGGGCAGCAACGGAGGCUUGCUCUCCAGCCCCACGUUGAACUUUCCAGAGAACCGCACUAUCGAGUGACCAUCGACGACCGUGUUCCCUUCGGCCAUGCCACAAACCCAGAUGACCACACUCAAGACCCGCUUGCCCAAGACAUUGUAGCUGGCAUGUCCACGUUGCAUGUGCAGGACGAAAUAUACAUCGUAACAGACCAUGAGCACGCAAGUCCUCAAUAUCACCUGGGGCACUCUGUCAGCGAGCGCGGAAACGCCAUGCCGCCAAGCCCCUUGGCCGGGUCUGAUGGUGACCCGGGCGAGUUGUCGCAGCGAGGAUUAGAAAACCACAGCAUGCAACAGUGGAUUAUUCAGGAACGCGCUGACGAACCAUGGGUUUUGUUGGAGAGAAACUCACCGAUGUCCGUUCCCGACGUUGCAGAAGUUCCCAGCUCAGACCGCCGCCAUGCUCUUGAUGAUUGGACAACGCCACGAACCCUUUUUACGACGGACGAGAACUGCCUUCUGCCCGACGAACUUGAGCAGUUUUGCGGUCGUCCAUGGCUGUCGUCGCACCAUUACAGCACCUGGCACUCUCCUUCGCCAGAUGACCACGGAUCAGGUGACAGCGGUCUUGCUCCGUAGGUCAAUCUUGACCUCGUCGUUGCACACUGUCACACGGUCGGCUGGGCAGGUGUGCCUGAAACUUACACGAACACGCUUCUGGCCAGCCGCAGAACCUUGCAUUCCGCGUCGCCUCAUCUUAUAUAUCAAUUCCACGCUGUUCUUAUCUCCUCUUUUGGCAAAUACAGAACCCAAAAAAGCCAUGUACUACCUCUAUAUAGAAUCAUGUAACACGUACUUGAUUGCGUGAGCCCCCUUUUUUCUUUCAAAACGCAG